AUGGAUAAGAUCUUGAUCAUCGUAUCUGCGGUGGUCGGGUCUCUGGGGGUGCUCAGCGCCAUCUUUGGGUUCUCGGCAGAGGGAACAAAGCUGACUCCAUAUAACAUACUUGUGUUCGGCGACGAGUGCAUCUACCCGCAGAACCCCGCGCUUGGGCUGGGGAUCUGCGCCGCCAUCUUCCUGCUUGCCGCCCAGGUCACCUUCACGGCGGUUGGCGGCUGCUGUGGUUGCUGCAAUAAGUCCCGCUCCAACCCUUCGGAGACCAAGCGGAUCGUCGGCAUCGUCUGCGCUGUCGUCUCAUGGAUAGCAGCGGUGAUCGCGUGGGUGCUGCUCAUAGAAGGAGCGGUGUGGAACGAAAACGUGGUGCGGAUGACCGCACCCAACUGCUACUACCUCAAGGACGGCAUCUUCGCCGGCGCCGGCGUGCUCUCCCUCGCCGCCACCGCGCUCGGCGUCACCUCCUACGUUUUGAUGCGGACGAAGCGGGUGGAAGCUGCUGCGGCGCCGCCAGUCGUUCCUGCCGAGGGUGAACCGAAGCUCCCUCCUGCUGCUACUCAAGCCAAUAAUGGAUCCCCACGGGACCAAGAGCUCCAGCGUCCACCAGAUGAUACGGUUACGGUACCGCCGCCGGCCAUGGCAUCCGCGCCCCCCGAACCAGCAGGUGAGCCGACGCCGCCGGCCGGGGCCGAGAUGGGCCAACAACCGCCGGUCCAGCUGCCUCAAGCAGUAGGCGUGCCAAAUGAGAAUGAGACAAUACAGUACCCUGUUCAGCAAGGAUCUGAUGAACAUCUUAUCCGCGAAGAAUUAACUAAAGCAGGGAUUAGAUUGGCUGCGCGUGUGGUGGAGCAUUCCCUGUUUUCUGACAGUGGUGUUGGGGAUAUCCUUGUUUCCAUGACUGAUCUUCAGUCCACAGAUGCUGUCUAG